AUGAAAAAAAAUAAACGCACGGUUAGAUUCUCCACGGUCGCAUCCGCAUUCACAGGAAGGACUGUUCUUGAGGAUGAGUCUAAGGUUCUCCAAGACUAUUUUGUCGGACAGCGCAUUGGUGAAGGCGCCUAUGGCUCAGUUUACGUGGCCAAGUACAUUCCCUCAGGCGAGAUAUUUGCCCUUAAGAUAUUGAAGAAGGAUACACUAUUUCACGGAUUUUCCCAGAUAUCACCUGUGGAUAGAUCGGUAUUAUCAGAGGAAUGCAAGUUGUCAACAGAAGAUUUGCCGGACACAUCGCUGACUCACGAAAACCAAGAUUCACCAGUGUUGGGUACUGCCAAGGGCACUAACCUUUCAUACAGAAAGGAUAUCAUGACGCAAUCCUUCUACCCUCGAUUUCCCACCCGCUCGCAAAAGGCAGGCGGUGCUUUGUCAAAUCAACAGUCUUUUAUAAAUCGUAUGGAGAAGCUCAUUAUCCAAGAGGCAACUAUCUCGCAAUCACUGGAACACCCACAUGUAGUAAAAGUUUAUAAAUUUCUGAAUUCAACGGUAGCUUUUUACUUCAUUAUGGAACUCGCGGAGGGUGGGGAAUUGUUUGACUUGAUCCUCUCCAAGCGUUACUUCAGCGAACCCGAGGCGCGGCAUUACUUUCAGCAACUUAUCUCUGCAAUUGACUACUGCCAUAGUUGCGGCGUGGCACACAAAGAUCUUAAGGCUGAAAAUCUUCUCCUCGAUCGUUACAACCGACUGCUAGUGUGUGAUUUCGGCUUUUCUUCACGUACUGUGAAACGCAAUGUAGAUGAUCCCGAGGGAAGCUCGACCAUUGAACCGACUGAAAGCGGGAUCGGUAGUGAGUUUUUCCAGGGAAGCGACUGCUCGAUUGUUGGGACAAUGCAUUACAUGAGCCCUGAGGCCGUUCUGGCAUCAACCCUAAACGAAACAACUAUUCAACCCAACUUUUGGGGAGAAGGGGCGGAUGUAAUGACGGUACCUCCCGAAAAUGAAGGCUUCUUUUCUUCCGAUUGUGUGAAUGAAGGGAUAUCGAAGGCGGAUUUAUCGCUUGCAUCGAAGAGCUACACCGCUGCGGGAGCGCCAUCAAGGCCCCAAAAGUCGUCUUCCAUCCACCUCACUGGUGUUCAAUCCCCACAGCAAAUUCCGUCAGUAUCGCACUCAAGGCUAUUAAGCAUGAGCCGUCAAACCACAGCGAGGAAAAGUAUCCCAAGUAACAUCCCGAGUAGUUCCCUGCGAUCGCAGGUAAAGCGGCACACCAGCCUUCCAAGCGCCGAGGCUACACACGCCGACGCCACCACCUUGGGAAGUCCAUCUCGUGGUUUGUCGCUGCAGCCUUUGAAAGAAAAGUCGGAUCGGAGCACUGGUGGAAAGCAGAGCAAAAGUGAUGAUCUAAUCCCGUCAGGGCGGGAUCUUAUAGUGAAGAAGAACGUGGAGCUGAGUAAGAGAACCACAAAGGCCGAACCUUCCUCGCUUAAAAACGAAUCGACUCCUCCUCCUAGCGCGAGAAGGUUGAAGCACCGCAGAGGAGAUUCCAACCCACCUGGGAGCGCUCACGCUAGGCGUAGCAGCAUUAGGUCUCCAAAUCUGCGGUACCCGAUGGGUGAGUCAUCAUCCUCACAUUACAUGGGCAAGGCGAAAAACCUUAUGAUGAACCUAUUUUCCUUCUCACACUCAACUAAAUCAGCCCAAUCGAAGAAAGGCGCGGCCUCCACCCUUUAUAACCCCGACGCGAGCAUCAGUAAGCUUGCUCGCUCGAGGUUGAGUAGCAGCACCAGCAUUCGCGCACGUCGAAGCCAUCAUCGACGUUGGGUGGCGGUGAGUGGGCUCAGCAGCACUCAGGGUUUGAGAAAGCUCUCCCAUCAACGAAGGGAAUCAUCGCGAGGGAACCUUGGCGGGAGGUUGAUUUCCAGUGAAUCCGCCCCCGACGCUGCGGCUAGCGCCGCGAGAGAGGCGAAUCAAUCCUGCUCCUUCACUCACCUCCAGGAUGAGCCAGGAACGGUGGUUUCGCGUAAUCCUAAUAAGGUGAUUGUGGAUCCGUUUCAACAAGACCUCUGGAGUGCCGGCGUGCUUCUCUUCUUUAUGCUUACGGGGCGCCUUCCCUUCGACGGCCGCGAUGAGGAGGAGACGCUCUAUCUCAUUCAGAAUACCAAAUACACUUGGUCCGAGGAGGAGGCGGCGCGCAUCUCGCCGGAGGCACGCGAGUUAGUACAGCAAAUGCUCACUUUGGACCCCAUCGAACGCCCAUCGCUUGAUAACAUCAUCUUCAACAAGUGGUUCGCAAAAGAUAUAAAUCUUGACGCAGACUUCCCGCACCGAAAAGAGGAGCUUCUUGCGGAAAUGACGGAGCGGGGGCUCUUGGUGCCGACCUCACCAAUCUCACAUGGCGGAUCAGUGUCGUCGUCUCCUUUAGCGCCCAUCUCGCAUCCGCUAUCCUUUCUCGAUUUCUCCUCCUCCAGCCACGUCGUAACACCUGAAGAGGAGCAGGUGAUUGACACCGCGUUCAGAAAGAUUGACGCCGACGGCUACGGUAAGAUCACUCGCGACCAGAUCCGUGAUAUGCUCACCUACCUCCACGGCGACGUGGUGGGUCCAGACAAGGUCUCCGAGCUUGUCAACCUCUUCACCGGCAAUCCUGAAAGUAAGGAGAUCACCUUCGAGCAGUUUCGCGAUGCGUGGGUGAAUAAAGACCUCACUCAUGCCCCUUUUACCCACAGUAGCGAGUUUCAGCUCGCUAACAUCAUCGGCACGCAAAUGGACGAGGUCGAGCGCCAGGUCGUGCGGCAGCUGCGCGUUGCAUUCGACAGCGUCGACAAGCAUCACUUGGGCGUCAUUGAUCUAAAGGAACUUAAAGAGGUUUUUAAAUGUGCCAGGAUCAACGUGGAUGAGGAGGACGUUAUUUCACUCAUGCACUUCUUCCUGGACCAAGAGCUCGUUGUCAAAGGUAACAACUUCAAAAACAACGGUGGGGCCUAUCUAUUGCCCUCGAAGUAUAAUGCAAUUGGCGGCAAUGGGGUCAGCUGCGUUGUCAGUCCCACAACAGUCUCCAGGUCGCCACAGGUAUACCAAAACCUUUAUAUCACCUUCGAAAACUUCGUGAUGGGAAUUACUCAACGCAAUAUACUGCUACGGCACCCACUCGGACGAAAGCUUGCCGCUGCCACAAACCUGACCGCCCUCUUUCAUUCUAGAAACGUUACGGAGUGCGUCCGGCAUGGGUUUCUCGUUGUGGGUCUUCAAAAUGUUGUACUCGAAAAACUUGCAAGCAUACCAGAUCGCCUGCUACUCCUUUACUCAGACGAGAUUGUAUCCACGACGGAGAACAUCUAUUCCUUCCGAUACCUGGGCUCCUCGGCGUUGAUCAACAAAUUGACGCUUUCGGCCGAGGCGUCGAAGCUGUUGGUGGCCCCGCAAUCCCUCCCCGAUCUGCAGCCGCGCGCGGCUGUGGCGGCGUCCACCCUAAACCCCUCAUCCCAGUUCGCUCCGUGCCGGACCCUCCCAACCAACGCCGGCUCGCUGCCCAACAACCCCGCGCCUUCGAUCUCCGACUUCCUCGCCUGCACGGACGCCCCGUCGAACCUCAACUCGGCGAAGCUGCACGCGAAGCCGCCGCGCGCCACCCAACCCAGGCGCGUUCCCGCCUCGCAGCCCACCACGGGCCUCCGACGCCCGCCCCACGCGGGGCCGCAGUCGAAAUUCCACACGGACGGCGCCACGUCGCCGUGCAGCCCUUUGAAGGGCCUCCUCGUUGGGAAGACAGCGACCCGUCCACCGCCGCGCCCGACGCCGUUGGUGGCGAAGAAUUCCAGCCCGAAUCGCCCACGCCGCGUCGAUCACUUCGUCCAGAUGGAUGCGGCCUCGAGAAGCGAAACGGCCUCUCCGCCCUCGCCGAAAAAUGUAAAAACAUCCAGUGCCGCCUCACCUCGCUCGAUUCGAGUGAGCCCCAUUCAAAGUAAACACCCCUCCCACACGCAAACCACCGCGGCCACACGCGCGCCCAAACAGCCCACGCCGUGUAGCAGCCCCAAUCAACCCCAACAGCCGACGAAUGAGAAGAAGAAGAAUGGUUCGGUGCCCCUAUGGUCUCGAACGCGAACGAGUGGGGGGACCAAAACGAUAUCGUCUCCCUCGGGUAGAGAGAAACAUCUGGACCCAUGCAGCCCUAAUCGUCCAAAAAAAUUAAUUUCACCGAUGCCAGUCACCAAAGUCUCGAAGAUUGACUUUGAUAUGAAUAACAAAGGCGACGGUGACAGCUGCUGUGGUAAGUUUCUCGAUGACGAACUCGUAAUGCCGGUUCUCGGUGAUGGAACCAUUUCCACAUCCGGCGGCGCCUCCGUCGUGAUAUCGGCGAUGGGAUGGGAAAGGAAUCAAGGUAAUUCGAACUCUAAGAGAGAGGAAUCACUGGGGGCGUACAGGGAUGAAUUCAACGACACGGACAGGAGUCAUUCCCUACAGCAGUCAAUAACUGUGUUCAAUAUGCAGUCUGGGAACCCGAUUACCCAUCGCGCAUUAUCUUACGGCGCCAACGUUCCCUUACAGCAAUGCAAUGACGUUUGCGAUCUCGACAUAAUACUUGCCCCGGCUUGUAUGGGGUACACUCUUGUUCGCAUUCGCCGUAUCCAUGGGAAGACAAGUGUAUUCCACGAAGCAGUUGAUUUUAUCUCUAACUUGCUAGAGCUUGAGCGGCAAAAGGCUGUUGAGGAUACAAUGCCAAGUGGCGAAAGUGAACUCAUGUAA